UGGCCAAGGCGGCCGUGGGCCUGGUGCUGCCCGGCCGGCUGCGAGACCUGUCGCGGGAGACUGUACUCAUCACCGGCGGCGGCCGGGGCAUCGGCCGCCAGCUCGCCCGCGAGUUCGCGGGACGCGGGGCCAGAAAGCACCCAGCUAUACCUCUUCACAAAAGCAUGUUGAUUGGCUUGCAUGCUCUCUUUGGAUAGAAUCAAGGAGCUUAAUCUUCAGAUUGUCCUCUGGGGCCGGACUGAGAAGUGUCUGAAGGAGACAACGGAGGAGAUUCGGCAGAUGGGCACUGAAUGCCACUACUUCAUCUGUGAUGUGGGCAACAGGGAGGAAGUGUACCAGACGGCCAAGGCUGUCCGGGAGAAGGUGGGUGACAUCACCAUCCUGGUGAACAAUGCUGCUGUGGUCCAUGGGAAGAGCUUGAUGGACAGUGAUGACGAUGCUCUCCUCAAGUCCCAACACAUCAACACCCUGGGCCAGUUCUGGACCACCAAGGCCUUCCUGCCACGCAUGCUGGAGCUGCAGAACGGCCACAUUGUGUGCCUCAACUCCGUGCUGGCGCUGUCCGCCAUCCCCGGUGCCAUCGACUACUGCACGUCCAAAGCCUCGACCUUCGCCUUCAUGGAGAGCCUGACCCUGGGGCUGCUGGACUGUCCGGGUGUCAGCGCUACCACUGUGCUGCCCUUCCACACCAGCACCGAGAUGUUCCAGGGCAUGAGGGUCAGGUUCCCUAACCUCUUUCCGCCUUUGAAGCCAGAGACAGUGGCCCGGCGGACGGUGGAAGCCGUGCAGCUCAAUCAGGCCCUUCUGCUGCUUCCGUGGACCAUGCACGCCCUCGUCAUCUUGAAAAGCAUCCUCCCACAGGCUGCCCUUGAGGAGAUCCACAAGUUCUCAGGAACCUACACCUGCAUGAACACUUUCAAAGGGCGGACAUAGAGGUGGAACCCAGACGUACCGUCCACAACCACGGGGCCUAAGGGGGCCAUGGUCCCUGGUCACGCACCCACGCGCCCGUUUCCUGGCACUUCUGCAGGGUGAGAAGGACUGCUCCAUUCCCAGGGAAGAAGGUGCCCCCCCAUGGGGGACAGCCCCAGGACAUUUGCACAAGACUGCUGGGUGCACCUCUGACUCCUAUGGGGAGGCAAGAAACCAGCCAGCCGCCAUCUUGACACUUCUGUACAUUUCUCGUGCUGUGGAGUUCAUCUUCAGUUGCUUCUCGAGUCUCACCAACCUCCACGGUGUGCAUAGGCGGUUCCCAGGAGGACCCAUGCCCAGACCGUCCUCCUUCCCUUCCAAGACCCACUUCUCCUCAGCUUACGCAAACUGGUUGAACGGCAGGAAUGAAAAAAAUAAAGAGACAGAUGGCUUUUGAGA